UACUACAUUCAGCAAUGAAAAUAACGUCGGGGCAUUAAAAUUAACUAGCGAAACCGCCGAAACUUCUCGAACCUUCUUUAGCCGAGAAUUACACGUCGAGGAGGCGCUUACAUGGCAAAAAUGGAGGUGCCCUCUUAUCACGCGAAGCUUUUAUGUGAGCUGAAUGAGCAGCGUAAGAGGGACUUCUUCUGUGACUGCAGCGUUAUCGUAGAGGGACGUGUAUUCAAGGCACAUCGAAACAUCCUGUUUGCCAGCAGUGGCUAUUUCCGGGCACUUCUAGUGCAUUAUUUGCAGGACAGUGGUCACAGACAUAGCACGGCUUCACUAGACAUUGUCACAGCGGACGCAUUCUCACUCAUUUUGGACUUUCUGUACUCGGGUCGGAUAAACCUGUGCAGUGACAAUGUGAUUGAAAUCAUGUCUGCUGCCAGUUACUUGCAAAUGACUGAUGUGGUGAAUUUUUGCAAAGGCUACAUCAAAUCCUCAUUAGAGAUCUGCAAUCGGGGGAAGGAGGAUCAAAAAGAAAAGAUAAAAGAGACAGAUGGACCUGCUGAUAGUGGCACACCAGUUUUGGUCUCCAGUGUUCUAGCAGCAUCCACUUCCCAGGCAGACAGAGGAACCCCACAGAGUAUGGAGAUGCUUAACUCAGUUGAGGCGCCGUCAGAUAUUCCGUCCACCCCAGCUGCAACCAGUAGCAAAGACUCAGAAAGUGAGAACUCACAAGGAGGAUUUCCAAGCCAUCCUUCAAGAAACACACCAGCUAAGAGUAGCACAGGCUCAAAUAUAGCCAACCCAUCUUCUUCAGGGAUGCUCGUGGACUUGAUACAUCCCAAGAUUAAGUUUGAACCAGAUGAGGAAGGUGAGUGUUCACUUGAAGCCAAGGGCAUUGGCAUCUAUGAGGAUCCAAGCCCUGGUGAAGACAGAACUCUCGGCUCAAGUCCUGCACCAAGCAGUGAGCCAACUUCCCUGCCUUAUCCCAACUAUCACAUGAAGCAGUAUGUAGACGUGUUGCUUCGUGGAGGAGCCAGCGCUCAUCGAGAUGAACUUGGGCCUCACUUUGCCCACAGUUUAGGAAGCAGUGGUGUAGCAGCUCGCAUUGAAGAUGGACUAGGACAUGGGGGUUCCUACAGUAUGGAGAUACAGAAUGACUGGUAUAUGGAGGAUGCAGGGAAACUACACAAGUGUCCAUUCUGUCCAUAUGCGACCAAACAGAAGGGCAUUUUGAAGAGGCACAUACGCUGCCAUACAGGAGAAAGGCCCUACCCAUGUGACAUCUGUGGAAAGCGUUUCACACGUCAGGAGCAUCUACGCACACAUGCUGUUACUGUUCAUCGAGCAACGUGGCCUAUCGUGUGUAAGGGCUGCAGGCGGGUAUUCUCUGGGGCGGUUUCUCAUGGUCUAAAACGCUUUGGCCUUUGCGAUGGCUGCACUUGUGUCACUACAACCAAUGAGGACUCACCCUCUAUGAACAUGAGUGGCCAGUCUGUUGUUAUGGAGCAGGGCACAGCAGACUCUGACUGGCCUAUAUUUAUGGUGGACGGAGAUGAGGAACCCAGUGCUGGCACUGGGGAGGUGGAUGACAAGAGAGAACUUCAGAGGCGGCUUGCUGAGGAUGGACACAUUCUGUAGUCAUGAAGAUCUGGUCUUCUGAUCUGGUAUUCCUGUUAAAACAACCAUACAAUGUUUCUGUUAAACAAAUGAUCAAUGUGAUUGAGCGGGCUCAAUAUUAAAAUAUUAGGCUUGUUACAGUGUGACAGUCGUUCAGUCAAAACAGUUAUCUCACUGUCUGCAUUUUUAAAAUACAUAUUCAGAUGCGUUGUAGUCCAAUACAAUUAUUGCAGUUUAUUUAUUUAUUUUUUCCUAAUCACAGUGGCUUACAUGUAACGAACAAAUAAUAUUGAUGUGGUUUAUUCUGAAAUAUAGGAAGAACAACCCAAUGCUUAACAAUGCUAGUGCAAUGUAUUGCAUCUUUUUAUGUCACAACCCUUGAAUUACUAGACAAUCAGUUAUUUUAGCAUAUAUUAAUAAGAACACAACUUAUUGUUUCUGAAAUUUUUAGUUGCUUUAUAGACUAAUAUACAAUUAGACACUGCACUGUACAGCUUUGCACACACAGACUCACACAAAAUAAAAAAGUAAAAACAUUUAGGAUAAAUUCAUGUAAUCUGUGACCCUUCUCAUGUAAAUAAAUGGCAGAAAAUCUGAAAAAUAUCUGAAUUCAGUCUAACCAUUGAACAAUAAAAAAAGUUUAA